UUGCCUCGGCCCCGCCCUCGCGUCCAGCCUGGCGGAAGGAUGCGCUCCCGGAAGUUCCGGUGGGGCCAUCGCUGUGUGGGGUAAACAGUAAUGGCGGAGGCUGCGGUGGCCCCCGGUGGUGGCGGAGCGGUGGGAGCGACAGCCACGGCAGCUGGAGCAGCUGCUGUCACGGCUUCCAGCCCCUCCACCGCCAGCGCCUCCGCCAUCACCACCACCACCACGGCCUCCAGCCCCCCCACAGCCGGACCCCAGCCAGCGCCGGCCGCAGCCGGAGGUGGAAGCAGCGGCUGUUGGACUAAGCAGGUCGCUUGCAGGUAUUUCAUGCAUGGUGUUUGCAAAGAAGGGGACAACUGCCGUUACUCCCAUGAUCUCUACACUAGUCAGUCUGCCAUGGUGUGCAGGUAUUUUCAGCGAGGAUGCUGUGCUUACGGAGAUCGUUGCAGAUAUGAACAUACCAAGCCAUUGAAAAGGGAAGACGUGACUACUGGGAAUCCAGCUGCAAAAACCUAUCCAUCAGCUUCCGCAGAUGUGACCCCACCUCCUGGAACACUUGAAGAGAGCUCGGCUGAGACUGAUGUUGAAGACAAAGACCUGGCAGGAGCAGGAGCAGGGGCCGAAGACUGGGUGAAUGCUGUCGAGUUUGUUCCUGGACAGCCAUACUGUGGCCGUGCUGCUCCAUCCUGCACUGAGGCACCCUUGCAGGGGAUGGUAAUUGAGGAAGAAUAUGAAAAACAGCAAACAAACUUAGAGAUGAAGAAACAGCUGUGUCCCUACGCCGCAGUAGGGGAAUGCCGCUACGGAGAAAACUGUGUGUACAUCCAUGGCGAUGUGUGCGACAUGUGUGGCUUGCAGGUUCUGCAUCCCGCUGAUUCUGCACAGCGAUCUUUGCACAUAAAGUCUUGCAUUGAGGCUCACGAGAAGGAUAUGGAGCUCUCAUUUGCCGUCCAGCGUAGCAAAGACAUGGUGUGCGGGAUCUGCAUGGAGGUGGUGUAUGAAAAAGCCAACCCCAGCGAGCGUCGCUUUGGGAUCCUCUCCAACUGCAAUCACACUUACUGUCUCAAGUGCAUCCGCAAGUGGAGGAGCGCUAAACAAUUUGAGAGCAAGAUCAUAAAGUCCUGCCCAGAAUGUCGGAUCACAUCUAACUUUGUCAUUCCAAGUGAGUACUGGGUGGAGGAGAAGGAAGAGAAGCAGAAACUCAUUCAGAAAUACAAGGAGGCAAUGAGCAACAAGCCAUGCAGGUAUUUUGAUGAAGGCCGUGGGAGCUGCCCAUUUGGAGGGAACUGUUUUUACAAACACGCAUAUCCCGAUGGCCGCCGAGAGGAGCCCCAGAGGCAGAAAGUGGGAACUUCGAGUAGAUACAGAGCCCAGCGGAGAAACCGGUUCUGGGAGUUCAUCGAGGAGAGGGAGGGCAGUGACCCCUUUGAGAACGACGAGGACGAAGUGGUGACAUUUGAGCUGGGCGAGAUGCUUCUCAUGUUGUUGGCAGCAGGAGGCGAGGAUGACCUGACAGACUCCGAGGACGAGUGGGACUUGUUUCAUGACGAGCUGGAAGACUAUUAUGACUUGGAUCUAUAGCACCUCUCCGCAGAGUCUGGACUGCCUGCUCAGUUUUCAGGCAGUAGCUCUUUUCCUGUGGUGUUGUGGCAGUGCCUGUGUUUUUUUGUUUUGCGUUUUCCCUCCUAGGCAGGCCUAUCCAUUCCAGGUGCUGCUGUUGUAAUAACUUUUACCCAGGGUCUGUCUCCUUUCCCCCCCUGUUCCAGCUUCCCCGCCCCAGCCCCAGGAGAGUGUGUUUGUGUGUGUGUGUGUGUUUUUUUCUUCUUCUCUGUUAAACAAAUGACAUGAAAUAAACCUUUAAAACGUUAGGGUUUUUUUGUAAAAAUGAAUUUAACUGUCAGACAGUUAGAUUAGACUUGUUGCUUCAUAUUUGUGUUCCUGACAGGAUUCACCCAGUUCCAGGGUUCCAAUGUUUACAGGACUUCCACACUCAUCUUGACGAGCCCAGAUACAAACACGAGAGCAGUGGCCCGGGCAGUGAGGGAACAGGCAGAAGUUGGCCGUCGGCCUCCCUUUCCGCUACGGACUUUGGAAAUAGUGUGUUUUUUCUACUUCAGAAUUCAGGCCAGCACCAUGUUUUUGUGGUUGGCUUCUGCUCCAUUCCAGCCCCCGCCCCAGCUCAUGUACACGUGUUCAUUUGUGGUUUUGGUCUCUUGUUUACUUGCACAUUACUACUUACUACUGUGUAACCAGAACCAGGUGCAAAUGUUGCGGGUUUUUACUGUUUGGCAUGAGAGGCAAAUGUGUUUGUGUGUGAAAGGAGAACUUUCUAUGUAUGUAUAUACAAAUAAAAUGCAGAGUUGUAUCCCAAGGGCUGGGCAACUUGGUAUAUGUGUGUAUUAAAAACCUUUCACCCUCCUGUCCUCUCACCACCACCCCCUUUUUAUACCUCACCCCUUUUUGGUGCAUGAAGUCUGACAUCUGACUGGACUUUGAAGCAAAUGUGGUCUCAGCCAAGUCUGUAGAAAUGGUCUUUUAACCCAACUAGUAUAACUUGGUAGUAGGCACCUCCUUAAUGACCCCGGCACACACUCUCUUCCCAGGCACCCUUUCACUCCUUUUGGGUGUAUUAUUUCAACUGCAUAGGUAUAGGAAUAUGGUUAGCCAAAGAGUUCGGGCAUCACCAUUUGUGGACCCCUUUGCUCCAUUAAUCUUUGCAGGGCUGUAGAUAGUCAAUUGCCCAAGCAGAGUUGUAUCUGGGAAAUCACUUCUGUGUCUCAUUUAAAAGGACCCUUGUUGCCUCACAGGACAUCUGAGCUCAGCAGGUGGACUCUUGCCUGUACAACUUGCAUGUUACUCUGUACCCAUAGAAGAAGCUGCCACACAAUAACCAGGCUCCAGUUCUACUAGCAAGAACUCCAGAUGACACCAAAUCCCUUUUCUCCCUGCUCUUUCCCACCUCCCACUUGAAUGGAAUUUUAACCUUCCAUUACAAUUAAUGCUGCUGGAUUGUCUUUGAUCUGUUCUCCUGCUGCUUCUGUCUUUUUAGAUUGCAUCUCCUUUCACUUUUAAAUGGAAUCAGAAAUUGUUGCUGAAGUCUGUGUUACUUUGCAGCUGCCUUUUGUAAGAAGCACUUUUCCCAAAUAAAAAAAAGUUGAAAAGCAA